UGAUGCGCAGAAGGCAGUCGAUUUUUAUUAUACAAAAACAGUAUGAGUACGUAUAUUCUAAAGGAUUGUGCCCCGAACAAUGUUUCUUUAAGCUCAAGACCUUUACACAUCGUAACCCCUGUGUACUCAUCGCAUGCAAUGAUGAAAGACCCAAACUAAAGCAAUACUACUUUCAAGUUUAAACCACUGUGUUGACUAAAUAUUCCUCAAUAUUAGCUUGUAUAUUUGUUGUAACUAGUUGGCGCGUCCGCUAAUAUCUGUAUUGUAUUUUAGUGGUAUGCCAUCGCUCGCGAUGUCAGACCCAGACCUCAUCCAUAGCGCAGUCUUCCAUCGCCCACGUAGUGUGUAAGAACCCAAUAAUUCGAACCGAACCAGAUCGUGUUAGCCCAAAUUUUGAUAUUGAUAGGCGAAUAUGUAAGCGAAAUUGCGCUGUAAUUUAUACACGUACGAUUAAACGAUUUUUUCUACCUAUAUUUAACCGAAGCAAGCGAUUUUCUAUUGCCGUUCCCCCCGCCUGACCUCCAUCAGGUCGUUAGGCUUGCGUGCCAGGAGCGACUGGAAGAGCGACUAGCUAACGAAAGUUUUUGGAUGGGGGCAAACGGAGCCAGGACACAUGGUUGGGGUUGAUUAGAAAAGGGACACCGCACGCACCCCAGGACACGAAAGAAGAGCACAGAUGACAAACCCAAAGCGGGGCUGGGGCUCAGUUGUCUGCAACAUGUCGUGCCAUGCUGGUGGCGGCAAUGGUGUUCGAAGCCUGCGCUAUCCUGCCGGAGGACAUUGCCGCUAUCAGGGAAAGUGGCUGAGGAACCAACACCACGGCUAUGGAGUGAAAUCGAGCCGUCGUGGAUUGGUGUACGAGGGCCAGUGGCAGCGGGGCCAACGUCAUGGCUACGGAUCCAUGUGGCGGGAGUCCCCUGAUGGCCAGGUGCAUCGCCUCUAUGUGGGUCAUUGGCGCCAUGACAAGCGCAGCGGGGAGGGAAAACAGUACUACGACGAUGGAUCCGUCUACUUUGGUCAGUGGCAGAUGAACAAGCGGCAAGGACGCGGCAUACAUUGGGAUGCGGACGGACGCGUCUAUGUGGGGGAAUGGCUCCAGGAUGCCAUGCACGGACGGGGCGUCCUCUUCUCGUGUGAGUCCUCUAACAAAAUGAAAGUUCAGUAGAAUCCUCGUCGA